UCUAAGCAAAGAGAACCAACCAACCAAUGGUAUUGCCAACGUAAAUUCUAUUUUUCUUUUCUUGUCAAGAGCUGUCAAAAAGCUUCAAGAUGGUGCAGCGGCUAACGUUCAGACGACGUCUGUCGUACAAUACCAAAUCAAACCAGAGGAGGAUAGUGCGCACCCCCGGCGGCCGCCUAGUCUACCAAUACGUCAAGAAGCCCAAGAAGAUCCCGAGAUGUGGCAACUGCAAGAGCAAGCUCCGAGGCAUCCAGCCGGCGCGUCCCGCUGAGCGCUCUCGCCUCUGCUACCGCAAGAAGACCGUCAAGCGCGCGUACGGUGGUGUCCUAUGCCACAAGUGCGUCAAGCAGCGCAUCGUCCGCGCCUUCCUCAUUGAAGAGCAGAAGCUGGUGAAGGUGUACAAAGCGCAACAGGCCAACCCCAGGAUCAGCAAGAAGGCCGCGAAAUGAGCUUAGGGUAUAAAUAAAAGUUAAAAAUC